CGGUUGCUGCACGCGAGCAAAUCCGGAAGAGAAGGAAAACAAACAUCUCAAAACAUCUGCGUCGAGGCUAAAGGUCAACUCAGCGCUGGUUUGAGAUCGUGUUUAACUAGGUCCUCCGGACGUUAGCAGGUUUAGCGGCCUGGUGGACUGGUGAACUGGUAACUCGAGGUUUAAACAUGCCGUCCCGGGUGGACGACUACGAGCUGUUGAACACUAUCGGCUCCGGUUCUUAUGGAAAGUGCCAGAAAAUCACCCGGAAAGCCGAUGGAAAAAUCCUGGUGUGGAAGGAGCUGGACUAUGGCACCAUGGCGGAGAGUGAAAAGCAGAUGCUGGUGUCAGAGGUGAACCUCCUGCGGGAGCUCAAGCACCCGAACAUUGUAAGGUACUACGACCGCAUCAUAGACCGCACCAACACAACCCUGUAUAUUAUCAUGGAGUACUGCGAGGGCGGAGACCUGUCCAGCAUCAUUGACCGCUGCAUCAAGGAAAGGCGCUACCUGGAGGAGGAGUUCGUCCUGCGAGUCAUGGCGCAGCUCACGUCGGCCCUGAAGGAGUGCCACCGGCGCAGCGACGGCCGGGCCACCGUUCUUCAUCGAGACCUGAAACCAGCCAACAUCUUCCUCGACAUCAGGCAGAACGUCAAGCUCGGAGACUUUGGCCUUGCCAGGAUCCUGAAUCAUGACACCAGUUUUGCAAAGACGUUUGUCGGGACACCGUACUACAUGUCUCCAGAGCAAAUAAACCAGUUGUCAUACAACGAGAAGUCGGAUAUUUGGUCACUGGGGUGUUUGCUGUAUGAACUAUGCGCAUUAUCGCCUCCGUUCACUGCGUACAACCAAAAGGAGCUGGCAGAGAGGAUCCGGGAGGGAAAGUUCAGGAGAAUCCCGUACCGCUACUCUGAGGAACUGAACAGCUUACUCAGCAAAAUGCUCCACUUAAAGGACUACAUGAGGCCCUCGGUGGAGUCCAUUCUCCAGAGCAGCCUGUUGGCGGAUGCGGUUGCUGAGGAGCAGAGGAGGGCCGAGGCGCGGGCCCGGAGGAAGUCGGCGGACCCUGACCGACCUCUUCCGAAGCCGGUGGAACCAGCUCCCGCCUCCGCUGCUGAGCUCCAGCUCAGGGAACAGGCGCUGAGGGACCGAGAGAGGGCUUUGAAGGAACGUGAAGAGAGGCUGGAGCAAAGGGAGCAGGAGCUGUGUGUUCGUGAACAGCUGUCAAACGAGAAGAUUGCACGGGCCGAGCGUUUACUGAAGAAUUAUACCCGUCUCCAGCAGCAGAGGGACCUCUCACCGUUAUAUGGCAAAGACAUAGAUGAGGAUGGCCUCUCCCCGGGAAAGAGGAAGGUCCACUUUGCGGGUGAGAGCAAAGAGAACCAGCGUCCCCACGGCCGUCGGAGCACGGCGUCCCAGGAGCUGAUACUGAGGAGGCUGCAGGCGGCCAACGUGCGCGGCCUCACGCUGAAAGAAGUGGAGAUGGCGUGUCAGUUCAAGAGCCGACAGAUCCUCGGCUUCCGCUGACCACAUGGGAUGUCACUGUUUGUUGUGCGAUGGAAGGCUCUGAGUCAGGAUAACUGGAUGUAAAUAAAUAUUUAUUUAUGAUUAUUUAGUUGCUAUGCAAAGAGUGAUGACAACAUUUCAAGCCAGUUUAUUGUCGUGUGUGUGUUUUAAUGUUAUAGGCAGCUAUAGGGAUUGUGAAAUGUUCAGAUUAUUCUUGCUGUAUAUUUUUAAACAUGUGAAGUUUUCUUUUUGUUAUGACCAAGUUUCUUAUAAGUGAAAACAAUAAUUGAACCUUUGAAGAAAUGAACCUGUGAACUAUGAAAAAAAAAAAGAUUGUGAAUUCAAUUGUUUUUCGCUGCAUUUCCUGAUUUAAAUCUACAAAUUACCCAAAAGGACUUAAGACGUCCUACAGAGAUAUAUACUUUCUAUGUUCAAAGUGAAAUAAUAGAUAAUAAAUACAAGUUUAUAAAAUGCA